ACAUGUAACAGCUGGUUGUGACGUUUCUUGACAUAUUUAAGAAUUUGUUUUUUAUAAUAUCCCUGUUCUCCUUUCGCCAAGCAAUUUAUGAAAUUAAGGAUGAACAAUAGAGACUUUUUCAAUCUGUAAUAUUGUAAUUCCAUUGAAUUUCAUAGGUAUUUGAAAAGUCAAGACAAUAUGCCACAACUUGUAGAAAACUCCUUUCAGAAUUGUAUGGCUUACGCCUUAUUUGAUAACGUACCAGACUCUUCAGAUGAACUAGCAUUCCAUAAAGGUGAUCUCCUCACAGUUUUAGAACAAAAUGUGGCCAAUAUUGAAGGGUGGUGGCUGUGUUCCUUGAAAGGAAGACAGGGAAUUUGUCCUGGGAAUAGACUUCGUUUGCUGCCUAAUGUGUAUGACAUUCCACAGAGGGAUCUAUCUGUUGAAACCUCACCUUUCCAAAAGACCAAUGGCAGGAGACUUCAACAAGAACAGGUCUCACUUGCCCGGAGGUUCAACGAUGAGAUCGGAUAUUACGACAUGCCAAACCGUUGCUCGCCCGUUCAGCACCAUCCGCCAGGUUUGCCUCAACGUGGUGGCGGCGCGGACUACGACGUGCCGCCGCUCAGGCAUGUGACCCUAGGCGCCAGUCCGGGGUGUGCGAGAUGCGCAUCCGCCUCCCCCUCGUCGGUGUCUCCCGUGAUAAGGGACGGGGAGGCCUACGACGUACCCAGGCCGCACAAUCACCACCUGAACCAGCUUACCCCGUCGAGCUCGGCUAGCUCUCUGACAGCCGACUCCAUAUCCUCUUCCAACCGCAGCAGUGUGGCCAACAUGCCCGACUACGACGUACCCAAAUCCCACUUCAGAGGUCCCCAGUUGGUCCUGCAACCGUCCCAGCUCUACGACGUCCCACCUUCGCACAACCCCAAAGAAUUGCCGUUAGAACUGAACUCUGCGUUGGAGAAUCUCGAGAGGCUAGAGGGCGACACCACCGGUUCCAUAAAGAAACUGCUGGGAUUCGUCGGACCCGGGUGGAGGAGCAAAGAAAGGUUGGCGGACACGAUCUACGACAUAAAACUUGCCGUUACCAGACUGCAGAACUCGCUCAACGACCUUGCGGAGUUCGGGGAGGGGACGCUGGGCAACGCUUCGAAAGCUUCCGACAAGAAUCUCGCCGUUAAGUUGGCUCCCCUGGUGACGAGCCUGAGGAAGUCGUAUCAUACGGUGAACGAGGCGGCUGGGAAGCUGGCGCAGUCCAAUUGGUGUGUGGAGCGUCUCGUUUCGAACGAGGACCUGGAGGAUAGGUACGCCCCCGAUGCCCUGGACACGUUGGUGUCUUGUUCCAAGGCUCUCACUGACGACAUCCGACAAAUAACCUCCUUCAUCCAAGGUAACGGCUUGUUGUUAUUCAAGAAAGACACGGCGAACGACUGGACCAACGAAUACGAUUACGUGCAACUGAACAACAGGGGGGAGAAUAGAAAAGAUCCGAACAGAUACGAUCUGAUAGAAAACCACGAUGAAGAUCCCCUGGAUAACGGAAUGAACCUGGACAGUAACGAUCGCCAGAUACUGACCUUCUUCGGCGGGCAGUACCUCACCCACCAUAAGAACCUCAUGUUGGCGAUCGACGCGUUCCUGAACACCGUCGAACGUAACCAACCCCCCAAGAUAUUCCUGGCGCAUAGCAAAUUCGUGGUGUUGAGCUCGCACAAGUUGGUACAUAUCGGAGAUACGGUUUAUAGGAAUGUGGCCUGUAAGGAGGUCAAGGAGAGGGCCUUGAAUUUCUCCAACGCCCUCUCGGAUGUCCUGGCGAAGAGCGUUAUGAAGACGAAACAGGCGGCUUUGCAAUUCCCGACCGUGACCGCGGUGCAGGAGAUGGUGGACAGCGUGCUGGACAUUUCGCACGCGGCCAACAAUUUGAAGAUGUGUUUACUGCAGGCCACCGCGAGUUUUUUGUAAGUGUAGUAUAUAUUAGAUAGAGACGUUGUAUGUGAACAUAUUUCAUUCGCCCUUUAACGGUUUUUGGAGUUCGCUGAAUGUUCAAGGACGAAUUUAUGAUGUUCCAGAGCUAGUCAGGUGUAUGUUCUGGCUUUAUUGAUGCUUGAAGCCAAACAUGGCUGGAAAGUACUAUGGAAAGACUUUCGGGAUAUGAUCUCUAUGUUUAACUGGAUCAAACCUUCUUAAUGCUUCAGAUAUGGCGAGUUCUUACUUCUCUAAGCAGAGUUCCCGAGAACUAAGACCAGGGGAAGGACCAAUCAAGUUUUUAGUUGGCGAUACGUGAUCACCAUCUGCCUAGUUGUGUUGGUCUCCUUGUUGGGUCUUAGUUCUUAAGAACUAUGAGACUACGUACCCAAUGAUAUUGUCAGUUGGGAUAUUAAAUUUCUAAUACUGUAUACUAUAUGUGGGCUUGAAUUGAGCGGUGUCCACUUUCUUGCACCUCUAAUUGUGCGUUAAGAAUGCAUUGGGUUUGGGGGGUGUAGGUGAUUCGUGAAUUCAAAGAUCUUCAAUAAUUUCUGCUGUCAAGCGAAAAAUGUCUGUUUGGACAUCGAAAAAUCCUUCAGGAUUUGUUGGACGUGUCAGUCUUUCAACAUUUUUUUUUCUAUUCGAAUCAUUAGAGAAUGGGAGAAGUAGGUGAUUCGGGAAUCAACUGAUUUCGGAUUGUUUCAUGCCCUUAAAAUCGGUGGAUAUUCGAACCUGUAAUCUUCAACUUUGAUUUCAAGGAUUGAGGAAAAAAAUCUGUAAUAUGGGGGAAGUAGGUUAUCCGGGAGUGUACAGUUCUUAGGUCAAUAAUGGUUAGAUUGAUGUGCUCGAGCAAACACCAGUAUUAGCAAUAUAUCAUAACCAUGCAUAAUCUAAUCGAUUUGAACUGGGAGAAGUAAGAAAAAUCCUUCAGGAUUUGAUGGACGUGUCAGUCUUUCAACAUUUUUUUUUCUCUUCGAAUCAUUAGAGAAUGGGAGAAGUAGGUGAUUCGGGAAUCAACUGAUUUCGGAUUGUUUCAUGCCCUUAAAAUCGGUGGAUAUUCGAACCUGUAAUCUUCAACUUUGAUUUCAAGGAUUGAGGAAAAAAAAUCUGUAAUAUGGGGGAAGUAGGUUAUCCGGGAGUGUACAGUUCUUAGGUCAAUAAUGGUUAGAUUGAUGUGCUCGAGCAAACACCAGUAUUAGCAAUAUAUCAUAACUAUGCAUAAUCUAAUCGAUUUGAACUGGGAGAAGUAAGAAAAAUCCUUUAGGAUUUGAUGGACGUGUCAGUCUUUCAACAUUUUUUUUUCUAUUCGAAUCAUUAGAGAAUGGGAGAAGUAGGUGAUUCGGGAAUCAACAGAUUUCGGAUUGUUUCAUGCCCUUAAAAUCGGUGGAUAUUCGAACCUGUAAUCUUCAACUUUGAUUUCAAGGAUUGAGGAAAAAAAUCUGUAAUAUGGGGUAAGUAGGUUAUCCGGGAGUGUACAGUUCUUAGGUCAAUAAUGGUUAGAUUGAUGUGCUCGAGCAUACCACCCGCCGAUAUCAACAAGUUGUAUGGUCUGAAUUGAACUAGCUAAUUUGCCAUCGUCAAGGCAAAGACUGCAGGGAAUUGAAGGAGUAAAUGGCUGUUCCACUUUCGAACAAUAUUUAUUAAAUUUAUAUAGAGAUUUAUAGAAUGGAAGAAGUAGGUGAUUCGGGAAUCAACUGAUAUCGGAUUGUUUCAUGCCCUCAAAAUCAGUGGAUAGUUGAACCUGCAAUCUUCAACUUUGAUUUCAAGGCUGGAGAAAGAAAAUCUGUAUUAUGGAGGAAGUAGGUGAUUCGGUAGUGUACAGUUCUUAGAUCAAUAAUGGUUUAUUUGAUGUGCCCGAGCAAAUACCAGUAUUAGCAAUAUAUCAUAACCAUUCAUCAUUUAGAGAGAAAAAGUUUAUUUUAAUGGCCAUCGACCUAGGUCCUUCAGCCUGUUUCAUCAUUUAAUUGAUUUGAUCUGGGAGAAGUAGGUAUUCCGUGAAUCCAAAGAUCAUAGAUCAAUUGUUUUCAGUACUGAUCACAUCAAUUUAAUAUUGGAAUAUCUAGGGGGAGAUAAAUCGGAGGUAAGCAACUCCGAAGAAUGAAAUGGGAGGCAUUUUGCACGCUCUGCUACCCUAUUGGCUGGUAUAUAGGUUUUUCCAUAUUCAUAUUAAAAAAAUGUAAUAAAAUCAUUACUUAUUAAAUUCUCUUAUUAAUUAUUGUUUCUCCAAGCAAUUGUACAUUCAUGUGGAAAAUGUAGGUUCAUGCUAUAUCAUUCAAAAUAAAAUCGAAUUUCGUUCCUUGAACAUGAUGCGAACUCCAUUAGAUCUCAACUUUUGAGGGUAGUUGAAAUCAGAACUUGAGUAUUAUUUUUCUAACUGCUUGGUGAACAACAGCUUUAUUUAUUUCAGUUCGAAUGUAAAGAUGAUUAUGAAAAAGAGCUAUUUUUAUUUAGAAAUAAAUAUUUUCCGUUUAAUUAAA